AUGUGCGUGGGGACGAACGGCGAGCUUCUGGAAGAGCAAUCCUCGCAAGUUCUGCGAGUACUGCAACUGCUGAGUAUUGAAUUCCACGAGUCUGGGAAGCGACACAAGGAAAACGUUGCUCAGAGGCUGAAAGAGAGCCGGCAAAACUUUGUCAAGCGACAGAAGGAUGAGUCGUCCUUGAAGAAGAUGCUGGACCAGGCAAAGCAGGAUGCACUGAAGUCCUUGGGCCAGAGCAUGCAUAGCAAUCCAAACCUGCUAAAGGACACCUCCCUUGCGUCCAUCUCCGCAAAAGACCGUGCUGCCUUUAUGGCAGCGUCAGAAGCAAGCAAGCCGCAGCCCGAGCAGCAGCAGCAGCAGCAGCAGCAGCAGUGGAAGAGCACGCUGAGCCGUCUUGAUGCGGAUGAAUCAAUGGCCAAGGCGAGCACUUCUGCAACAGCAGCGACAACAACAGCAGCAACAACAACAACGACAGCAACAGCAACAACAGCAACGACAACAACAGCAUCAACACUGCAAUACGGCCAAUUCUAUCAAGACCCAAAUGGAUGGAUGAAGUGCGAUGCUGGCAACGGCAUGUACUACUACUACAACGUCAACACCAAAGUGUCGACGUGGGCGCGGCCAGCCGAAUUUGUGGAAGCAGCCAGUGGCGCAAGCAAGGGUGGCAGUGACGCAAGCAAGGGUGGUAACGGAACUGAAGGGGCAGCAGCAGUGGAUGAGAAGGAGAAGAAGAAGGAAGGAGAUGAAGCUGGUCUCGGUGACGGGACAAAGGAAGGGGUAGAAGAUGCGAAGAAAGAGAGCGGUGGCGAUGAAGACCAGAAGGCAGCGGAGACAGCGGCACCAGCAAAUCCACACGGGUGGGUGACGGUUGAGACAAAGAAGCCAACAGCGGCUGCAGAGAAGGCGGAAGGCGAUGAUGGCACAGAAAAGAGCAGGAAGAAGAGCAAGAACAAGAACAAGAAGAAGCGUGAUGGUUCUGUGUAUUGA